CUAAAAAUGCAGAUUUUGUAUUUUUGUUGAAUUUUUCUUGAUUUUUAAAUAAGUUAAUUUUUAAACUGCAAUCAUUUAUACGUAAUCAAUUAUUAACUAAGUUUGUUUACAAAAUGUCUCGUAACAUCGAAAUUAAAGCAUAUGCUAGGGAUUUAAAUAUUUUAAAAAAACGUAUAUUAGGUUUAAACUCAGAUGAUGCUAAUAAUGUUUUAAUAUUGAAGCAAGAAGAUGUAUUUUAUAACUUACCUGAAUGUAGUAGUGGAAAAUUAAAACUCAGGAAAACGGACUCUUCACAAGAACUUAUAUAUUAUGAUAGAAAGGAAUGCAAUGAACCUAGCCUAAGUAAUUAUAGAAAAUGUUUAGUGCCUGCAGAAUUAGAAGACUUACUUAAAAAUGCUCUUGGUACUUGGGGUGUAGUAAAAAAAGUGAGAACAUUGAUUAUGGUUGGGCAAACUAGAGUGCAUCUAGAUUCUGUGGAAGAUUUGGGAAAUUUUAUUGAAUUAGAGGUUGUUUUGAAUGAAAAUCAGUCUUCUGAUGAUGGUAAAAAAAUUGCACUUGAUCUGAUGUCUCUUUUAGAAAUUUCAGAAAACGAUUUAAUAUCAGUAUCUUAUGUUAAUAUGUUAAAUGAAAAAAAGAAUAAUAUAAAAUAACUAUUAUAAAUAUUUAAUAUUUAUUUACAAUUAUUAUAAUAUCUACCCUAUUAUUGUACAUUAAAUUAAUAAAAAAUUAUAAUAAAUAUA